UUCGCGUUUAUUGGAGGAAGUGGGAGUCUUCGCGCAUGCGCGCCAGUGCCAUUGAGCGACUACUGGAAAACAAAAGGGAGUGGGGGGCGAGACAGACACACAGGCAAAUGUCAAUAUUCAUCCUUAAAUGGCGCAAUUAGACUUUAAACGACUUCAAGCGUCGUUGCUAUUCUUCGAGGGCUGCCAAAAGAGAGGUGACGUCGUUGUUUUUUGUUGAGCGGAGUACAAACCUCAGAGAGAAUCCACAGGUCCUUCGCUUUCCCACCCCACACCGUCUUGUCACUGUUUGUUUUUGGGACAAUGUCGACCGAUUGAGCCUGUCAGUUCCUGUAGUCAACUUUUGAGGUCGUGAUUGUCAGUCUCGAGGACGCAAGAGAGCUGCGCGCGCAGCCUCCCCGGGGAGAAGCGCUGUCCUCGGUCCUGAAGUCCUCCAGGGGACCCCGAACUGCUGACCUCAUUAGGUGUGGAAGUUCUCCCCCUCAAAAAGUCAACAUUAAGCAGCAUCGACAGAAAGCGCUAAAUAUGCCAAUUCCAGGCAGAGUUAGUCUACAAACUGCUGUCCUUUUGCUUUGUUUGGCGCAUCUGAGUCAGCCAGUAUGUGUGGACGUCCCCUCGGGGACGGAGGCGGUUCUGGGAAAGAUGAUGAAGUUGACGUGUAUCUCAUGUAUGAAGCGUGAGGAGGUGAAAGUCAAAACCCAUGUGGACUGGUACUACAUGACCAAGGUGGAACAAGGCGUCGCACCAGAUAAAACCCUCAUAUACAAGUAUGAGGGGAACUUUCCGAUGGAGAUGGAUGGACCAUUCAAGGGCCGCCUGAUGUGGGACGGCAGCCAGGACCUUCAAGAUCUCUCCAUCAGCAUCGUGAACGUCACCUACAACGACAGCGGCGUCUACGAGUGCCACGUGCUUCGCGAGUUUGAGUUUGACGCCUUCACUCCGUCGGCCUUUGUCUUGAAGAACAUCACGCUAAAAGUGAAAGAGGAAGCCAGCCCAGACACCACAGCCCUCUACUCAGAGAUCAUGAUGUACUUGCUGCUGGUCUUUUUGACCUUCUGGCUGUUGAUCGAGAUGGUUUACUGCUACCGCAAGAUCUCCAAGUCUGACGACCUGGUGCAGGACACAGGGUAUUGAAGGACCAUGAAGGGACAAUAAAGAUCAGCGCUCCCAGAGUCCUGCCAACCGAAUUCCUCCCCCGUGCCCCCCGGCCCCGAUGCCGUUUUCCUGUGAAGAGCCACAAAUGUCAGUUUCUUACCUUUCUGUGCUAAACUCAAGUGCCCUCAGUAGUAACAUGAGUUCAAGAUCAAAUGUCUAAUGUCACAUACAAAGCGGCUGCACUCCAUGUGAACCUGGCCUCUUACUCAUGCCAUGUUGUGCCUCUGUGAUGUGGACCCUUUACAAAUAGAUACAAUCGAGUCCACACGCGAUCCUACUGCUGUCGCAGCUUUUUUUUUUGUUUUGUUUUGUUUUUUUGGGCUGUAGACAUACAGAGAGCCGGAUUUUAUUAGUAUUGGCUAAUACAGUGAUUCUUAACCCUGUACCGAACCCAACCAGUUCAUAUGCACGUUCACCGUACCCUUCAUUAGCGAAAAAUAAAAAUUGGAUUUUUUACAAAUUCAAGACAUUAAAAAAACACAAAUUUUUUCAAAAGAGAAAAAAGUUAAUAAAAUUACAUGGUCUGAGUAUAGUUUUUUUAUUUUAUAAUUGUAUGACGUAUUAUCACGACGGUCAUACGGUGACCACUGAGCGAACUAAAUUUCCCGUAGCACUGAUUGGACAAGCAAUGUAAUGUGCUCAUCUGCAGCCAGUGGUGGUCAAGUGGGCGUGUCAU